UCCUCCUAGUGAUAUUAGUAGAAAUAUUUCUCAUUUCUGUAUACAAAAAUGGGUUGUCUAAAUGGGAUUUCCUUGAUUUGCAUUGUUCUUUGUUUUUCAUCAAUCCCAUCGGUUGUAUUUGUAUAUGCUUCUUUUGUUCCUCAAGAUCAAUUCUUUAUUGAUUGUGGGGGAAGCAAGGCAGUGGAGUUUGGGGAUGGCAGGGUUUUUCAGCCUGAUUCUGGGAACCCACAUGUUACUUUAUCUUCACAAGGCCACACUGCAGUUUCAGAUCAUGAAACCAGUUUGUCAAACCACUCAAAUCUCUAUACUUCUGCCCAGGUUUUUAGAGAAACUUCAUCUUAUACCGUUAACACUAAGCAGAUUGGUCGUCAUUGGCUUAGAUUGCAUUUUUACCCUUUUGAGAACCCAAAGUUCAAUUUGAAAUCUGCAGUCUUCUCUGUUGUGGCUAAUGGAAUUACACUGCUUCAUGGGUUUUCUUUUUCGGAAGUUGGCAAAACCUCUCAUCUAGUGAAGGAAUAUGUUUUUGAAGUCGAUGGAACAAGUUCUAAGAAACUGGUUCUUACAUUGUCACCUUGGAAUGGUUCAAUUGCAUUUAUCAAUGGGAUAGAGGUUGUUUCUGUGCCUGAUGGGCAAUUCCCAAGUACCAAAGUAAUGCCUGUUCCAUUGGGGCCUGCAGUUGAUGUUCCUAAACAUGUCACUUUCGAGACGGCUUAUAGGAUAAACAUGGGAGGUCAACAUAUAACCCCCAAGAAUGACUCACUGUGGAGGACAUGGGAUCCAGACCAUGCUUUUCUUGUCAAUGCUGCUGCGGCCCGGAACGUUACAGCCAAUCCCAGCAGAAUCAAAUACUCUGAUGGAGUUUCAGUUGAAAUUGCACCAAAUUGGGUUUAUGCCACAGCUCAAGAGAUGGCGGAUGCACAGGUCAGCAAUCAGAAAUUUAACAUUUCAUGGGCAUUUGAAGUUGAGCAUGGCUUCAGCUAUCUUAUCAGAUUGCAUUUUUGUGACAUUGUAAGUGUUGCUCUCAAUCGUUUGGUUUUCAAUGUGUAUAUCAACCAAAAAUCUGCUCUAGACUAUUUUGACAUCUCAAGCAGGACAAUGGCAUUAUCAGCAGCUUACUUCAUAGACUUUGUGACAAAUAUUUCGAUGGGCUCAAAUCGGAUUUUGGUGCAAGUAGGUCCUCCUACGUUAAGAGACCUCCCAUCCAAUGCAAUCUUGAAUGGUUUGGAGAUUAUGAAAAUGAGCAAUCAUAGAGACAGCCUUCAUGGGAAUCUUCCAGGGAAUCAUAAAAUGGACACAAGAUCACUUGCAGGCAAGAAAAAGUGGAUGCUGCUUGCAAUUUCUUCUUCAGCAGCAGGGUUUGUAGUUUUGGUGCUCAUGUCAGCUGCCUUCUAUUUGUAUUGGCGUAAAAUCCAUCAAAAGAAGCUGAAGCCUCAGUGCUCAGCCUGGAUGUCAUUACCUAGCCAUUUGGGGAUUUCUGAUUCAAAAGUUUCCAUUUGCAGUUAUGAUUCCACAGCACAUUCUCUUAGUUUAGGCCGCAUUCUGGCUUUCUCGGAGGUUCGUGAAGCAACGAAGAACUUUGACAAGAGCUUGGUUUUGGGAGUGGGGGGAUUUGGAAAGGUUUACAGGGGAGUGCUAGAAAAUGGGACUGUGGUUGCAGUGAAGCGUGGAAAUCCAAGGUCACAACAGGGACUUAUUGAAUUCAGGACAGAAAUUGACAUGCUAUCAAAGCUCAGGCACAGGCAUUUGGUUUCUCUGAUAGGCUACUGUGAGGAACUCAAUGAGAUGAUCCUUGUUUAUGAGUAUAUGGCCAAGGGUCCUCUGCGAAAUCACUUGUAUGGUUCGAAUCUUUCUCCGCUUUCUUGGAAACAUAGGCUUGAAAUUUGCAUUGGAGCUGCAAAAGGCUUGCAUUACCUUCACACAGGAGCAGCAGAGAGCAUAAUUCACCGCGAUGUUAAAACAACCAACAUACUUCUUGAUGAAAGCCUCACUGCAAAAGUGGCUGAUUUCGGAUUGUCAAAGCUAGGUCCUACAUUGGAUCAAACACAUGUAAGCACUGCAGUGAAGGGUAGCUUUGGUUACCUUGAUCCGGAUUACUAUCGUCGACAGCAGCUCACGGAGAAGUCAGAUGUGUAUUCUUUUGGAGUAGUUCUGUUAGAGGUCUUAUGUGCUAGGCCACCUAUAAACCCUGCCCUCCCUAGAGAACAGGUUAAUAUAGCAGAAUGGGCUAUGAGUUGGCAAAAGAAGGGAAGACUAGAAAAGAUUAUAGACCCCCAUCUUGGAGGACAUGUCAAUCUUGAUUCUCUUAGAAAAUUUGGUGAAACAGCAGAGAAGUGCCUGGCUGAAUAUGGAGUUGAUAGGCCAACAAUGGGAGAUGUUCUGUGGAAUUUGGAGUAUGUUCUUCAACUACAAGAGGCUUCUAUACAAACUGUUUCAUCUGAGAACAGUGCAAAUUACAUCCCAUACACGCCAGAAUGGCUCCCCAAAAUGAGUGAUCAAGAAUCUGAUGCAACAUCAAGUGCUGUGUUUUCUGAGUUGUUGGAUCCAAGGGGAAGAUAAAAUUAUCAAAGAGGGUGAGCUAUGAUCACACACA